ACGUAUUUCACGUAUUUCACGUGAUUUGUGAAAACUACAAUUCACUAUCAAUCAAGUUUAUAAACACAUCAGAGGUAGCAGAUCUGAGCAUUACAUUCGUAUGGAUUUACAUCCGCAAUCAGGGAAAAUGACACGGACCAAAACUAGAUUCAUGUUCGGGCUGAUUUUCGCUUACGUCGCUAUCUCCUACAUGACCGGUCACCUUACUCCCCGACCAACCCUUAUGAGAUCCCUGAAGAACGGGAACCAGGAGACGCAGUUGAGUUCCGAGUGGCGCAGCUUCUUGACACACUUGGAGACGAUCAGGGCGUUACUGCGGUUCGACGAGUUCACGGACGCGCAUUUAAAGAAUGAGGACGAUGAAGCGCGACGACUGGAAAGUGAGGUACGCGUGCUGUGUUGGAUCAUGACCAGCCCCAAAAAUCUUGACUCCAGAGCAACGGCCGUGCGCCGAACGUGGGCGAGGCGUUGUAACAAGCUUCUCUUCAUCAGCUCGGUGACCAACGAGACGUUUCCUACUAUCGGCAUUGAAUUGCCGGAAGGGCGCGAUCAUCUCACGGGAAAAACUAUUAAAGCUUUUAAAUACAUAUACGAGCAUCAUAUCGACGACGCCGAUUGGUUUAUGAAGGCUGACGACGAUACGUACGUUAUUCUUGAAAAUCUGAGAUAUUUCUUGUCCGGUCAAAAUUCCAACGAGCCAAUUUUCUUUGGCCACCAUUUUAAAACGAUUGUUAAACAGGGUUAUUUCAGCGGCGGAGCAGGUUAUGUGCUGAGCAAAGAAGCACUACGCCGGUUCGGCGCGAAAGGGAAUGACGAAACCAUCUGCAGGCAAGAUGGCGGCGCGGAGGAUGCGGAAUUCGGGAAGUGUAUGGAAACUCUGGGCGUAAAAGUUGGUAAUUCUACCGAUAAACUAGGGCGCAAUAGAUUCCACUGCUUUGAUCCCGACACCCAUCUCAUGGGCGGUUAUCCGGACUGGUACUACCAGUACGACGCAAAUGGGGCAAAAAAGGGUCGAGAUAGCAUCAGCGACUAUACUAUUUCCUUCCAUUACGUGACGCCGGAAAAAAUGAACGCCCUGGAGUUCUACAUCUACCAUUUGAGACCGUACGGUCUAAAGUCGGGUAAACAGGAGUUGAACCAGGACUGGGGCAGCUAGAGUUAAAUGGAAAAUUUGUAUUUAAACAAUAUUAACUAUUUUAUGUAGCGUAAGAUAAGUUUUUACAAAAAUUAUAUUUUGCAAACAAUUGUUAAUAAAGAACUAUUCAUUUCAUAUAUAAAAAAAAUAUCCUAUGCUAUGUUAAGAUGGAAAGAAAUCGAGUUGAAAGGCAUUGGGAAUAUGUGCAUGUGGAUAAACACACACUAUGCCGGUAUUGCAUAUCAAACACACAGAGCGAUCGCAAGAUAAACAGAAAUUGGAAUAAUUUCACUAUGGUUUGUGAAUAAUAAGAUCACACAUGUUAAGAACAAGAUCACAUAUUCAUUCGUGUAAAACAUAAACAUAGCGAAAAAAAUAUGAACCAUCUGGUCAUGCCACACUUUAAAAUAAACGGUCCAUAGUCAAUGACUCGAAAUCCAAAAUGCAUCGCGCCAACCAUAUUGACGACUUACAGUCAAACAUAUCCGAUAGUUCGCAACGUUUAACUUCCAUGUAUCUGAACACGGUAUCGACCAUUUUAUAUAAGUGAACAUGAAUAUACGUUGUUAUUGUUACUAGCGACAAGGUCAAGAAACAAAAAUAUUAUAUGCUAUCACAGCUUGUCCUCAACAUAAAUAUUGAUGCUAUUACUUCUUUAGUUUGCCUAAAGUUUUCUUUUUAUGAAAAAGAAGUUCAAUUGCUGUAAUCUUAUAAUUAUGAACAAAUCUAAUGACGCUGCCAUAUCUCUUUGGCUUUUGAACAAUGAACCUUUGCAUCGCAUCGGCGAAAUAUUUGAAUAAAAACAAUUUAAACAUGUUCUAGUCACGGCAUUCGUUUUUUGUUUGCUAAACUGUGGCAGAACAGUGUUGUUAUAAAUACCAUGUGCUAUGACCUCCUGUCCUUAAUGUAUCAUGAACUAACGAUUUUUUAAACAUUCGUUAUUGAUGAAAAACGAUUGCGUGAAUACUUUUUAGGGUUUAAGAAAGCAUUUUAUAUUUGCUUUAAUGAAUAACUCUGACAAUUAUAUUUUUAAGAUUUUUUUCGAAACAAGGGGUUGCGAACUUUAAAAUAAUGUUAUUGGUUUUCUAUACAAAAACUGGAACUUUGAGAAUACUGAAUAAAAUGCAUACAUUCUACAAAAGAUGUAUAAUUCUGAGGUUUAUUCUUAAAAAUCUAUCUUAUUUAAUAUAUAUUAAUACCACGUUUGAAAAGAAAAUUGAUAGAUAAUGAUGUUUAAGUUAAAAUGAAAUAUUUCAAUAAGUUCAUAGCCUAUUUUCAAGCAUAGUCAGCCACUGAAGUGCUCAUUGACUUUUUAAACUGAAUGAAAACAUUUUCAAAAAAAGUUAGACAUCUAAUAUAUUAACAACAGAAUAAAGGCAAAGUAAUUGACAUAUCAGUUACUUCCUUAGUAAAAUGACAAUUCUAGGAAGGCACUCUAGCAAUCCUGUGAUUAAUUAAUAUUUUUCUAUCAAUCUGUUAUGUCAUUAUAUUUCUAUGAAAACAUAUAAAUUUUGUAUUUUAUUUUAUAAAUUUGUAUUGCAAUAUGCUUAUAAAGAGCAACAUACUAAUUAAAAGUGAAUAUUUUGACAAUUAUUGGCAUUGUAUUUUACAUGUGAAUAACAUUUAGCUAAACUUUUACCUAAGGCUAUUUUUUCUAACUAUAUAUACAAUUAACAUAUUGUUUACUAAAAAUUAUGUCAUAUUUAUCUUUAAAUAAAAAGUAAUAACUGAAGAUGUAUUAGAUAUGUGUCAUGAUUUCCAACAUUAGUUGGUGUUCAAAGCUAUAUGAAUUUAUGAAACUAUCAAAAAAGUAUAAACUAAAAUACGUUUUUUUUUCAUAUUUAAUGCGCUAAAUAAAGAGUACCUGACGAACCUCAAGGUGAAAUAACUUUAGUCAUUUUCUUAUUGAUAUACAACAAGAAAGUGGUAAAACCUUUGCGAAAACAUAAGACAUUUGACAAAAACUUGUCUGGUGAUAUUUGCCGCGUGGUUACGGAAAAAAACGAUCGUCGGUUUCCGAAAAACGGAAUGUCGCGGUUUUCCGAAAAACAAAAUGACUUUACCCAAAGAUUUUAAAGUAACUUACUUUAACUAGUUGAUAAUGUAUGAUUUUGCUUCGUGUUUGAUAGAGUGACAACUUCAAGACCGUUACACUUGAAAUAUGAUAGCUAUUCUGUCCUUUGGCCUAUGGCUGUCAAUAUAUAUGAACGAUUGGUAAUUUCCGUAACCACUCGGACAAUUUUAGCAGACACAAAAUGUAAUCAAACUCUUAUGUUAUCCACUUAUAUUCUACCACUUUCUUGGCGUUUAGCAAUAAAUAAAUUAUGUUCAAGUAAUAGAACAUUGUGUCAGUAAGGAUCACUGUCCAUAACCACUUAAACAAAGAUUUGAAAUUGUCGGUUUACAAUUUUUUGUUGUUGCAAUUAGCUUGCAUGCAUCAUGAAAUUAAAUGUUCUGCUAG